AAUCGAGCAAAACAAGAUGGAGAGAAGGACGACGAUUCAGGUGGAAGAUGUUGAGGAAUCAGAUGAUUUCCUUCUGGAGCUGGCCGCGAUAGAGGCAGAAGCAGAAGCGGCGUUGGCGAAACGCCCUAGGGUCGCUGCUCCUAUCCCUGAGGGACCUUACAUGGCGGCUCUAAAGGGGAGCAAAAGCGAGCAAUGGCAGCUAAGCCCGCUCAAUCCCGCCUCCAAAUCUCGCGGCGGUUUUCAAGGCGUCUCCGUGAAUCCUUCUAACCCGGCCGGAAAUUAUGGAUCAGAGGCCGGCGAGCAGGAUUUUCCGGAGAAGAACUGUCCCUGUGGAGUCGGUGUCUGUUUGAUCCUCACAUCAAACACACAGAAGAAUCCAGGCCGGAAAUUCUACAAAUGCCCUAAUAGAGAGGAAAACGGAGGUUGUGGGUUUUUCCAGUGGUGUGAUGCGGUUCAGUCUUCUGGAACUCAGCCAGGGACUCAUCAUAGUUAUGGAAACACUAACGAAUCCAAGUUCCCAGAUCAUCAAUGUCCCUGCGGUGCUGGACUGUGCCGUGUUCUCACCGCAAAAACUGGGGAAAAUAUUGGUCGACAGUUUUAUCGCUGUCCUGUUUUCGAGGGCUCUUGUGGUUUCUUCAAAUGGUGCAACGAUGACGCAGUCAGCUCUGCUACAACGUAUAGCUUUACCAAAAGCAGCAACUUCGGUGAAUCAGAUACCAGAGGAUAUCAAACUGCAAAAACAGGCACACCCUGUUAUAAAUGUGGGAAGGAAGGACACUGGGCAAGAGACUGCACUGCUCAAUCUGUUAAUCCGCUCUCUGAAACUGGACCGGUAAAGUCUUCAUCUGCAGCUGGAGAUUGUUAUAAAUGCGGAAAGCAAGGGCACUGGGCGAGAGACUGCACUUCUCAAUCUGGUAAUCUGAAUUCUGAAGCAGGGCAAGUGAAGCCCUCUUCUUCAGGUGGAGAUUGUUACAAAUGCGGGAAGCCUGGACAUUGGGCGAGAGACUGCACCGCUCAAUCUGGUAAUCAACAGUUCCAAUCAGGGCAAGGAAAAGCUGCCUCCUCGGGUGGAGAGUGUUACAAAUGUGGAAAACCAGGACACUGGGCAAGAGAUUGCACUUUGGCUGGUCUAUCCACAAGCGUUCAAGGCAAAAGACAGAGGCAGUACUAGGUCAGGUUUUCUUAUAGUUCUGAAUGUGAUCUGUCUUCUAAAUUUUUUAGGGUUUCUCUAGUGUAGUUAACCACAGCCUUGUCAUGUCCCAUGGGUGUGCCUGAAAUUCGAAACGUUUAAUUUGUCGUCCACCUUAUGAAUCUAAUAGUAGGAACUGAUCAAUCUUGAGAACUAGUGCAUGAA